GCCGCCGCAUUCACCAACCCUGUGCGAAACCCCGGAGGCAGCGAUCCCUUCAUCGUGCGCUCUGGCGAUGGCUACUACUACCUCAUGUCAACCUCGUGGACGGAUGUAGAAAUUGCGCGGUCCACGACAAUCGCCGGGCUCAAGACGGCGACGAAGAAGGUCAUCUACUCGUCUACCGCGUCCAACCGCUGCUGCAACGUGUGGGCUCCCGAGAUUCAUUGGAUGGGCAGCGCUUGGUACGUGUACUUCACGGCCGGGAAUGGCGACAAUCUUGACGGCCAGAGAUUGCACGUCCUCAAGGGUGGAGCAAGUGCUUGGGAUGAUGCCUACACCUACGCCGGCCAGCUCAACGACGUCUGGGCCAUUGACGCAUCUGUCCUCCGUUUCAACAGCUACGGAAACUACCUCAUGUUUUCGUGCAUGUACGGCGUUACGUAUCAGUCGAUUUGCCUGCAGAAGCUAAACGACGACAACAUCUCGCUCUCCGGCUCCAUCUCCAUCAUUUCCCAGCCCGACCAAACCUGGGAGAAGUACGCGCACCCGGUCAACGAAGGGCCCGUAGCCCUGUACGCCGGCGGCAAGACCAUGAUUUCCUACUCGGCCUCGUACUGCUGGAGCCCCAACUACUGCCUCGGACUGUUGACGUGGGACGGCACGACGAACCCGACCAAGGCGAGCGCGUGGACCAAGAGCAACGGGUGUAAGCUGAGCAGCGGGAACGGCCACUACGGCACGGGACACAACUCUUUCUUCCAGAGCCCGAGCGGCGAGACGUGGAUUGCGUUCCAUGCGACAUCCAACUCCGGUGGCGCGUGCGAUGAUUCCCGGUAUACGAUGGUUCAGAAGAUUACUGUUGGCAGCGAUGGGGCUGUGAACUUUGGAACCCCCAGUUUGACUUCGACGAGCAUCGCCGAACCCAAGUAGGGGAUACUUGCGAGGGUGUCAUUGGAGAAUAUUUGACGUGAG